AUGUUGAUGGUUUCUAUUGCUGUCAUCGCUGUGUUGCUACCAUUAUUAUCAUAUAUGUUGGUGCAAGCAAUACUAUUAGCUGCCGCUCAUAUCAUUCCCUUUAUCGUAGUUGUUUCUGAUAUCCUUUCCCGAUUUUCUAUCGAUGACUUCGUAGAUGUUCGCUAA